CGCAUCCAACAGCUCCUCCGCCCUAAUACCUGAGCAACAGAAGCUAUCUAAGGUCUCUGGCUCGAUAUAUAAGAGAGACACUUAAUUCGGUUCAUUCACCUUCCAAAAGACUCUAGUUCGAUUGCAUUUUAUCUGGGAUAUCUCGGCUCUCAAUUCCUCCAAAGGAUGGCUCUAGCAUACCCCGAAGGCGAAUGUUUCUUCCGACGCAGCGGAUUGAACUCUCCCAGCGGAUGGCACUAUCGAGCGGACAACCCUCAACAUUUCUACAGCCAUUUUAUGCUUGAAUAUAUAUGGAACAAACCUGCCGACCAUAGCCAUUGGGAAGUCAACAAUCCUCACGGGUGGCCGCAGAUACGCUCUGGAUACUCCAUCGUUAAGGGAAGCCUUUGGAAUACCCUAUAUGGCAAUUACCAGUUUCUUCCGUUUCAGUAUGGCGCCGAUCACAGGACUGGUAUCACGAGGCGUAUACAGCAUAAUCUUUGCGUCCAUGGAAAUACCUUCAGAGAUCGCGAGAAAGGUGGAGCCUACCAGGCUUGGUUUAUGACGAUGCCGAUGCCAACUGACCAAGAGAAGUGGGUUUGGAUUGAUCUUCUGGCAGGCAUUCGUGCCAUCUAUAUCCCCCUAGCACAUCGAGCCUCGGAAGAUUACGAUCAGAUUUGCACCUUUCUCCAUAUCAGCUUUACCCAUACUGGUGAAGUGAGAAUCUGGUCUCAAGGAGAUCAGUUUCUGAGCUUUACCUGCAACACUACGGAUGGUCUCGGGGUCCGACGAGACCAUACCAUCGGCAUCAACAUGUAUGGGCUGAUGAAUCUUCUCUCAUUGCCUCGACAGCUGCGUAACGAAACGGCCUUUACUUCAAAGCUUGUCCGAGUCGUUCCAUCCACAGAAGUCCAAACCCGAGCCCUUGGUCCGACGUAUUGGAAUGAUCACGACUUUGACUGGGUCAUGGUGGCCGGUGCUAACUACGGUCUUUCCCUGCAGUGGGCGCCCCAUCAACCCACGACGUGGUUUCAAAAUUUUUUCGGCAAUGUCAUGACCAUUGCUAUUGGAUUUAUACCCAUUGUUGGACCUGUCCUCUCGGUCAGUUUCUCCUUCGCAUGGACGGCAUUGACUGAUCCAGACUCGUUCCUUGAUGCAAUUCGGAACGAGUAUCCGGCACUCGAUCUCACUUUAUAUAUCAUCGAGCGCAUUAAAAACGAUGCUGCAGCGACUGCGGCUUAUCUGCCGCCUGGCUGGGACCAAGUCGGACAGCCGUUGCAGAUUCCAUUCACUGAAGUGGCUAAACUCGGCGCAAAGGAGCAGAAGCGCCAUGGUGUCGCACCCGUCAACCUCGAUGAAAUAGGACCAAGCGUGACGUUUCUCCUCGCCAAAGAAAUAUUGGAACACACUGCUCACUCGCCAGCGGCCUUGGAGACCCCUGACGCCGCAGAAGAUGAUCGGCCAGAAGAGACUCUGGCUUCUGUGUCGGCUACUAAUUCACAGGAUCCGUCAUAUGAAACUCUUUUCGCUGAAAAGGAUAUUAAUCAGGGAAGCCCUGACUGGGCUGAAGAUUAUAUUCGUCAACGUCAGAACAGCAUCUCACAAUAAUUCAUCAGAACCUAAAAAACCUAGGUGAUUUUGCAUGAUUGAGUCUGCCAUCAUAAGCCGUCAGUGAGACUUCAUUUUUAUCCUCAUUAUUUUUUAAUUUUAUUCUUUUAAUCCAUGAUAUUUUUCGGUCGAAUUGUGAUCAGUUCUUUCCUUUUGCUGGUUCGACAUGAAUUUUUCUUCUUGUCA